UUGAUUUUUCAUUUGCUGUGUUCUGACUGGGUCUUCCUGAAACGCAAAACACGUAUGCAUAUUGCAAGUCUCAGACCUCACUUAGCUUUGCUUAUUUACCAGUGGUCAUUGGCGUGGACUAGUAGACGCUAGCUAUAGAGCCUGUGACUUGUGAGUUGAGUUGCGAUUUUGCUUAUUUACCUAACCCAACCCCUACACACACUAAUCACUCAGCACACACUCUCUCAAAGUGAAGAAAGAAUGGCAGAUCCAGUGGAUGAGAGUUUGGGUUUAGGAUCGGAGGGUUUGGACUCCGGCACCACCAUUAAGCCCGAUGACUUGUGCAUGGAAAUCGAUCCGCCAUUUCAGGAAAACGUUGCAACGGCCGAGGAUUGGCGUAAAGCUCUCAACAAGGUCGUUCCCGCCGUCGUCGUCCUCCGAACCACUGCUACUCGCUCCUUCGACACCGAGGCCGCCGGCGCCAGCUACGCCACCGGCUUCAUCGUCGACAAGAAACGCGGUAUUAUUCUCACCAAUCGCCACGUCGUCAAGCCAGGACCUGUGGUUGCAGAAGCCAUGUUUUUGAAUCGUGAAGAGGUUCCGGUGCAUCCGAUAUACAGAGAUCCAGUACAUGACUUUGGGUUCUUCUGUUAUGAUCCUAGUGCUGUACAGUUUCUGAGCUAUGAGGAGAUACCUCUUGCUCCCGAGGCUGCUUGUGUUGGACUAGAAAUCAGAGUUGUUGGUAAUGAUAGUGGUGAGAAGGUUUCCAUUUUGGCUGGUACCCUUGCUCGUUUGGAUAGGGAUGCUCCUCACUAUAAGAAGGAUGGGUAUAAUGACUUCAACACAUUCUAUAUGCAAGCAGCAUCUGGAACCAAAGGAGGAUCAAGUGGUUCCCCAGUUAUAGAUUGGCAAGGUAGGGCAGUGGCCUUGAAUGCUGGGAGCAAGUCAUCAAGCGCAUCAGCAUUCUUUUUACCUCUAGAACGAGUUGUGAGGGCAUUAAGGUUUCUUCAAAUGGACAGUGAAACUUAUGUUGAUAAAUGGAAGGCAGUUUCUAUAACUCGUGGUACACUUCAGGUGACAUUUCUCCAUAAAGGAUUUGACGAGACUCGUCGGCUUGGCCUCAGAAGUGAGACAGAGCAGAUAGUACGGCAUGCUUCUCCAGCUGGUGAAACUGGAAUGCUUGUCGUAGACUCUGUGGUGCCAGGUGGUCCAGGUUAUAAACAUUUGGAACCUGGUGAUGUACUUGUUCGCGUCAAUGGGGAAGUCAUUACUCAGUUCCUGAAACUGGAGACUAUACUUGAUGAUAGUGUAAACAAGAAUAUUGAAUUACAAAUUGAAAGAGGCGGCACAUCCAAGAAUUUGACUUUGCUGGUGCAGGAUUUGCACUCAAUAACUCCCAAUUAUUUCUUAGAAGUUAGUGGGGCAGUAAUACAUCCUCUUUCUUAUCAGCAGGCUAGAAACUUCCGCUUCCAUUGUGGUCUUGUUUAUGUGACUGAACCAGGAUAUAUGCUUGUAAGAGCAGGCGUUCCUCGCCAUGCAAUAAUUAAGAAAUUUGCUGGUGAGGAAAUAUCUUGCCUUGAGGAAUUAAUAUCAGUUCUCUCUAAGCUAUCUAGGGGUGCUCGAGUACCAUUGGAGUAUAUAAGCUACAUGGAUCGUCAUCGAAGGAAGUCUGUGCUCGUGACGGUUGAUCGCCAUGAAUGGUAUGCACCUCCCCUGAUAUACACUCGUGAUGACAGUACUGGCCUCUGGAUUGCUAAGCCUGCCUGUCAGCCCAAUUCCCUUUUUCUAUCAUCUUGUCCCAAAGAUGUUGGAAAUCUGGCCAGACAGCCUGAUUCACUAACUGGUGAGCAUGCUUGUGCGGAACAUGUGAGUGAAGGUAACAAUCAAGAGUUGGUUAAUGGUGUCACUAGCAUGGAAACCAAUUAUGAAGAUCCUUCAGAGUAUGCAUCUCACCACAAUGCAUUUGAUGGCGUGGUGAAAAAACGAAGAGUGGAGGAAGCUUUAUCAGCUGAUGGAAGUGUUGUUGCUGAUUUUUCCUUAAAUGAAACCAGGGAAACUAAGCUUGAAAAAUCAGGUGUUAUACAGGAUGAUGAGUUAAUGGACUAUCAAGGAGCAACUGCUGCCACAGCAAAUGCAUCAGUUUCUGAGCGUGUGAUCGAGCCUACUCUUGUGAUGUUUGAGGUUCAUGUUCCUCCAUCUUGUAUGCUUGAUGGCGUUCAUUCACAGCACUUUUUUGGAACUGGUGUCAUAAUAUAUCACUCUCAAGAUAUGGGAUUAGUUGCAGUUGACAAGAAUACAGUUGCAAUAUCUUCCUCUGAUGUGAUGCUAUCCUUCGCUGCUUUCCCAGUUGAAAUUCCAGGAGAGGUGGUAUUUCUCCAUCCUGUCCAUAAUUAUGCUCUCAUAUCAUAUGAUCCCUCUGCUUUGGGACUUGUUGGCGCCUCAGUGGUUCGCGCUGCAGAGUUACUUCCAGAGCCGGCAUUACGUCGAGGGGAUUCUGUUUACCUUGUGGGGUUGAGUAGAAGCCUUCAAGCAACUUCUAGGAAAUCAGUUGUUACCAAUCCUUGCGCUGCAUUAAAUAUAGGAUCUGCUGAUUCCCCACGUUACAGAGCAACCAACAUGGAAGUAAUUGAGCUGGAUACUGAUUUUGGUAGUACAUUUUCGGGUGUGCUAACAGACGAACAAGGAAGGGUCCAAGCUAUAUGGGGAAGCUUCUCUACUCAGCUGAAAUUUGGUUGCACUUCAUCAGAAGAUCAUCAAUUUGUGAGGGGUAUUCCAAUUUAUGCAAUAAGUCAGGUCCUUGACAAGAUUGUAUCUGGUGCAAAUGGGCCACCUCUUCUCAUUAAUGGUGUGAAAAGGCCUAUGCCACUUGUUAGAAUUUUAGAGGUUGAACUUUAUCCAACAUUGCUUUCAAAGGCUCGGAGUUUUGGAUUAAGUGAUGAUUGGAUUCAGGCGCUUGUUAAGAAAGACCCAAUAAGACGACAGGUUUUACGUGUUAAAGGUUGUUUGGCUGGAUCAAAGGCUGAGAAUCUUUUAGAACAAGGGGACAUGGUUUUAGCAAUCAAUAAAGAACCAGUCACAUGCUUCCAUGACAUUGAAAAUGCUUGCCAAGCUUUAGACAAAUCUUCUACCAAUGAUGGGAAGCUUCACCUGACUAUUUUUCGGCAGGGACGAGAGGUUGAACUUUUUGUGGGAUCAGAUGUUAGGGAUGGAAAUGGCACAACUCGUGCAAUUAAUUGGUGUGGUUGUAUUGUUCAAGAUCCACAUCCAGCAGUACGUGCUCUUGGAUUUCUCCCUGAAGAAGGUCAUGGUGUAUAUGUGGCAAGGUGGUGUCAUGGGAGUCCUGUACAUAGAUAUGGUCUAUAUGCUCUUCAGUGGAUAGUUGAAAUUAAUGGUAAACCAACUCCAAAUCUAGAUUCUUUCGCUGAUGUGACAAAGGAACUAGAGCAUGGAGAGUUUGUUCGUGUAAAGACAAUUCACCUCAAUGGGAAGCCACGAGUCCUAACAUUGAAGCAAGAUUUGCAUUAUUGGCCUACAUGGGAAUUGAGAUUUGAUCCAGACACUGCAAUUUGGCAUCGUAAUAUAAUCAAGGCAUUGAACUGCAGUGCUGUAUGAAUGAGUAGAGUAUAUUAUUGUUAUGCAUGCAGCUGCACUGGAGCAUCAAAAUCUUGAAGACUUCUUCCAGGUUCAGACCUGGGAUUUAGCAGUGCAGCCUUGUUGCAGAUUUGAUGCUCUUCGGCCUAUGAUAUUCUAUUGCAUUGUCAUGAUUGACUAUUAUUAUGAGGCAUCCGAUUCAGGGAGGCAAUGAGUUAUUUCGAUUAUGUGCCGCUGUAUUUAACCUGUAGGUUACUUGAUAUUAUAUACUGGAAAGCUUGGAUAAUGAAAUAAAAUAUGAAAAAUUAAUAUUUGUAAUUUUUUAUGUAUUAACAAUAAAAAGAACUUCCCUUUGGUUUUUUCUUUGGCAUGUCGAUAUUUUAUCAACCCCCUUCCCUGACAUCCU